AAUUGGAGAGCGGCUCGGUAGCCUCUGGAACUGGCCAUGAGCCUUGUUCUUAUUGUACAAAGACGAGGAAAACAUGUACUAUGAAUUGGGCUUGGUCGCAAAUACAAGCAGCGACUUCAUUAGAUGCUUCAGAUCAUGGACCGAAUGUUCCGGUCAAGAGGCAGAGAAGUGAAGCGACACAUACACAGCACCAAGCAACACCAGCUUUUGAGAAACAAGAUCCGAUAUCUGCGGCUUUGUCUGCGGCUUCACGCGUCAAUGGCUUGUCACGGCCACUGUCUCAUGACCCAAAUCGUCUCACUCAAGGCCCGCGUUUACCCAAUCUCCAAAGAGCAGCUGAACCGCCCGCCUCAAGCUCAAUCAAUGGCACAGCGUUUGAAACACCUCUCACUCAUAAUUAUACACAAAAUCUCAACAAUUACAACAACAUAAACCAGUUCCCAUCCGGUUACCCGCAAUCUACUUAUUCACAACCGAAUGACUCACGUCUCUCAAUCCAGUCACAGCUCAAUACUUGGUCAUCUACUCCCCCAUCAAACUCAUCAAGAUCUUACAGUCAUCUAUCUCCGCCGCCGAUUGGAGAGGAUACCGCCAGUGAAGAUGAUACAACGAGGUUCAAGCGUCGGCGCACAUCGCCAAUCUGGAGUGAUCGUCGCAUGAACUCAUUAUCGCCGUUUUCAGUUGACCAGACGAUGAUGACGAGAACAAACAACCAGUUCAUUUCCACAAAUCUCCUACAAAUCUACCAUGACGUUCUCGAACAUAAUCUCUCGUGUUGGCUCACAGAAGUCACAUGCCCCUACAGAGCUCCUGGCUAUGUCACAUCUGGAAGUUAUGCCCCUACAGAAUGGGGAUCCUCGUGGUCAAACCGUAUAUAUCGCCGCACCAUCAACCUUGACCAUGCAAUUCAGACAGCCAAACUCACUCGACUAACGCGGGCUGAAGAUCAAGGCGCCGCUAAAGCCUUCCACCUUGCUAUAAUGGCCUUUGCAACGCAAUGGGCUCAAGGCAGUCGCCGUCAACAACAGCGCUAUUCUGACGAGGAUGAAAGGCCAGAGGAUAUCCUCAACGACGUCAAUGAGGAGUUUGACCGAAACAUUCAACGAAACAUUUGGGAGCAAGCAAAAAGAGCUCUUCAACAAGUUUCAGACGUUGAGUCGUAUCGUGUGGCUACGGCAGAGUUGAUAUUUGGUCUAACGCAAAAGCCAUGGACUCGUGACGAUGAGUCGAUGGCUCCCAAGAACCCCAACACGUUGAUAAGCGCUUCUUCAAAAGUUGAUCUGAAGUCUUUGAACGCCGAGCUAGGAGAAAUCAUAUCACGAGAUGGCCUACCUGUUUUCAUGGAGAGAGCUGCACGAAAGAUGCAUGCUCUCAAGUUCCGAUUCGAUUCAGGCCGCCGUGGUGUGACUGGACCUCUCGCUAGCCCGAAGAACAACGACUUGUUGUCCAUGAUGAACCCUGAAGAUCGUGGCACUGUUGGUCUGCUAUACUGGCUUGCAGUUAUGCUCGAUACUGUUUCCUCGUCUAUGAGCGAGCGUCCGGUUGUUGUUGCUGAUGCAGACAGCCAACACGACGAUGCAGAUGAAGACCUGGAUGCAACAACAAAUGGACGGUGGAAUGUACCUUUGUUCAUUCAAGACAGUCUAGAGCAGCCUCAUAUGUAUCAUGCUGUGCACUGGCCUUGCUCUUAUGAAUCUGCUGCUGAAGCCGUCACCAAAUCAGCACCAGUCAAGGUCCUCCUAUUCCGGCAUGUCUCUUAUCUUCAGAACAUUCUUAGAAGAGGUGGCCGCGGUGAGACGGUCGAAGAAACAAUCAAAAACACAACCUCACUAUAUCGAUAUUGGAAUAUGACACAUGGUGCGUUCUUUAAAGAGUUACUUCACGACUACGAAUCAGUGCCAGCCCGUCUUCAGAGCUGGUUUGUCUGUAUCUCAGCACAUUGGAACCUCGGUGCCCUUAUGCUCGCCGAUCUUGUCGAAUAUGUUGAUGAGAACGAGCUUGGAGAAGCAACAGCAUCGCAAAGCCGCUUAGCCAGCAAGAUGGUCACAAGAAUACGUGAAGCGAGUGCACGAGAACUAUCCGACCUGGCAAAAGUAUCAACGCCAAGUCACAACCUAACAAAUAUGACGGCGCCUCAGAUGUCACAUUUUCAUCAUGCAGUAAACGAAGCAACUAUUCUUACAGAGCCUUGGACUAUCAUCCUCAUCAGGGCGUUUGCCAAGGCAGCUAUGAUAUUAAUACACGAAGCGAACGAUUUCUUGGAGUUUGGGCUGACUACACCGGCCAACACUGGUCAUGAUUUUCAAGAGAGUAUGCGGCGUGCACAAGAUUGUGUAAAGGGGUUGUGGAUAUUAGGCAAGAAGUCUGAUAUGGCAAGGAGGUCUGCAGAUACCCUGGUUUCAGCGAUGAAGAAGUUGAAAGUAUGAUGAUGUUGGAUGGAUUAUCCAGUCUUACUAUUUUCAUGUUGAGUUUUAGAUAGGUA